AUGGAAGCUAUAUCACAAGUAGCAGUAGCAGUUGCAGCCGUAGCAGUAACAAUAGUAGCAGUUGCAGUAGCAGAAGCAGUAGUACUUGUACCAGAAGCAGCAGUUACAGUAGCAGUAGUGGCAGAAGCUCUAGCAGCAGUAGCAGUUGCACUAUCAACAUUAUCAGUAGCAGCAGUAACAGUAGCAGUUGUAGCACUAGCAAUAGCAGUAGUAGUAGUAGUAGUGGUAGUAGCAGUAGCACAGGCAGCAAUAGCAGAUACACAAGAAACAGUAGUAGCAGUAGCCGAAGCAGCAAUAGCAGAGGCAGCAAUAACAAUAGCACAAGUAGCAGUAGCAGAGGUUGCAGCAGCAGCAGCUUCAGUAGUAGCAGUAGCAUCAGGCAGCAGCAGAAGUUAUAGCAGCUGCGCCGAAGCAGUUAUUGCAGCAGUGGCAGCUUCCAUAGUAGCCGUAGCAGUAGCAAAAGUAGCAGCAGUCGCUGUACAAAUAUCAUGGAACUGGCAGUAG